CACUCCCACGCCUCCCUCCUCCCAUUUUCGCCGGCCUCGCUCGCCGCCGCGUCGCGUCGCGCCGCCACCUCACGCCACCGCCGCGCGGGCGCGGCUUCCCCUUGCCUUCCACUCCGCCUCCGCCUCCGCUGCUACGGCGCGAGCCAGAAGGGGCGGAGGUCUUCGCCGCGACGGGGAUGAGGGGGCGGUGAGCCUGCGCCUACUGCCCCGGCCGCAACAGCGCAGCAGCCACUGCCGCCCCCCACCGCUCGGCGCGAGAUCCGAGCGCGACGCGGCUGUUGCUGUUGCUGCUGUGAAGAGCCGGGAGGGGUUGACGCGGCGGCGGAGGAGAGGUCAGGGAGGAGGCGGAGGCCAUGGCGGGUUCGAGGUUCGGGUCGUUCAAGUCGGAGAAGGGGGACCCGGCCGCCACGGCGGCGCAGAGGAGGGACCCGUACGAGGUGCUCGGCGUGGGGCGCAACGCCACCGACCAGGAGAUCAAGAGCGCCUUCCGCCGCAUGGCGCUCAAGUACCACCCGGACAAGAAUGGCGAUGAUCCUGUUGCAUCAGACAUGUUCCAGGAAGUCACAUUCUCCUACAACAUCCUGUCAGAUCCCGAUAAGAGGCGGCAGUACGACACAUCAGGAUUUGAGGCCAUCGAAGCCGAUAGCCAGGAAUUGGAGCUGGACCUAUCGAGUCUCAAUACCGUGAACACCGUGUUUGCUGCUCUUUUCAGCAAACUUGGUGUGCCGAUAAAGACAACCGUAUCAGCAACAGUUUUAGAGGAGGCAUUGAAUGGAUCGGUUAUGGUUUCUCAGCUCCAGCUUGGAAACUCUGUUCACAGGAAGGUGGAAAAGCAAUCAGCUCAUUUUUAUUCUGUUGACAUAACAGAAAAGGAAGCUAAAAUGGGGUUAGUUUGUCGUGUGAAAUCAACUGAUAGAAGCAAAUUUAAGUUGCUUUACUUUGAGCUUGAAGAAAAUGGUGGCCUGAGCCUUGCUUUGCAGGAAGACAGUGUAAAGACUGGGAAGGUUACUUCUGCUGGGAUGUAUUUUCUUGGCUUUCCUGUGUAUCGUUUUGAACAAAACAACCUGGCAGCUGCUGCAAAGGAUCCUGAUAGUGCCUUCUUUAAAAGAUUGGACAGCUUCCAACCAUGUGAUAUAAAUGAACUAAAACCAGGCACACACUUCUUUGCUGUCUAUGGUGACAAUUUCUUCAGAAGUGUGAACUAUACUAUAGAGGUUGUAUGUGGUGAAUCUUUCCCUGCUGAAAAGGAGAAGCUCCAGAGUGUUGAGGCAAAGAUACUCACAAAACGAGCAGAGCUAUCCAAAUUUGAGACCGAGUACAGAGAAGUUUUGGCAAAGUUCACUGAGAUGACCAGCAGAUACACACAAGAAAUGCAAGCAAUCGAUAAUCUUCUGAAGGAAAGGAAUGAAAUCCAUGCGUCCUAUACCAACAAUUCACCACUGAAGAGGAGUUCAAGCAGGAGUAAAGCUAAAUCGCCUUCAAAAUUUUCCAAAGGUGAGGAGGAAAACAGUCAGAGAAAGGAAAAGAAAGUGAAAGACCAACCCACGGGUGGAUGCAGAAGUGCAGAUGAAGAUUCAAACGAAAAGAAAACCAAAGAGCGGUUCCCAAAGAAGAAAUGGUUAAACAUUCCUUUCAAAAUUGACAGGAGAAAGCCAUGCUGAGUGAUGUAAUUCCCUGCAUCAUACUGUUUAACCAAAAUACAGAGCAUUUUGGCCCUGACCAUUCAUAACAGAACCCCUCCCUGGUUUAUUCUAGAAAGAUUGGGUGCAGGCCUGAGAUGGUUGGAGAAAUAUUUUUUUCGAUCCCCUUGAAGCUCCUUUUGGUCAGUGGCCACUCAUCGAACUGUAUCAAAAUAAUUAAGAGACCGAGCUCGUGAUGUGAUCGUGAGAUAGAAGCAUCCAUAGCUUGUCAUAUGUGCAGCCACCAUUGUCCAAUUAUGAUUCUUUUCAUCGUAUAUUCGUAUGUUUAGUUUUGUUUCGAUUCCCUUUGUAAGCAGUUGUAAAUAUAGGUUCUUUUCACCAUAUGCUUGCUGUACAUAAUGUACCUUCUUCCCUCGUCUGGAUUCCUGAUGUGUAAGAAAGACAAACCAUUUACCCAGUUUUGGAUUUGUCAUUCAUGUGUAGUUUGUUGAUGCA